AUGGACCUCGCGUACUCCCAGCAGCAGCAAGCACGCCGCAAGAACCGGUCGGCCGCGAACCUGCAACACCUCUCGCUCGCACCGCUCACGUCGCGUCUUCCACUCCGUGACGACUACGACGGCACCGACAUCAUCGACAGCCAUUCCUACUUCUCAAAUGCCCACACCGGCAGCAACAGCGCUGCCCUUGCGCGGAUACCUUCUUACAUCCAGGGUCGCUCGGCCCCGGCCACGCCGCGGCUGCUCUCCAAGUCGCCGACCGCGUCUCGCUCGCACUCCCACGAGGGCCGCCAUCGCGCGCACGUGGCGGGCGGUGGCUCCCGCACCCCGGGCGGCACGGGACACAGCAGCAAGGCCCAUGCCGGUGCGCUGGCAAAGAGCCUGUCGACAACACAGCUGCACAUUGACGGGAAUCACCAGCAUCUCCGCUCGAAUGGCACCGGUGGUGGCGCACGGCAGCACCGCCGCCGCAAGACGGACCACGGCCACCACGAGGGCGGCGGCGACGACUGGCUGUUCCGCGCCGCCGUUCUCGUUGCGAGCGAGGCCCGCGAGUCCAAGGGCCAGAGCUGGCUAACAGCACGUGCUAGCUCCACGAGCCUGUCGGGCUUGCGCAGCGCCGAAGAGGCCGAAGACGUUGCCGCGUUUGAGCGCGAGCUGGCGCGCGAGCGCGAGUAUCUCGACCGCAUUGCGGGCAGCAGCCGCCGUGGAAGCCGUCGCGGCAGCCUUGACCGCGACGUCACGUCCCCGAUUGCCUCGGCUCAUGGUCCCGCGAGCCGGUCGGGCAGCCGGUUCGGAAGCCGCGCGGGUAGCCACCUGGGCAGUCGCCCUGCGAGCCGCACGCACAGCCGCGCUGGGAGCCGCGUGCAGCUGCUCACGCCCUUGGACACCCGCCGUCAUUCGCUGGACCACAGCGGCAUGCCGGCCACGGGCGAGGCCGGGUACUUUGACUAUGCGGAGGUUGCCGAAGACGACGGCGUGAAUCAUAAUCAUCUAGCGACGCCCGCAGGGCCGGACUUUGUCAACCUCGACGAGGCGCUGGAAGCCAUUGAGCUCCACCAGCGGGACAUGAGUCUCGAGGACGAGGACCACAUCCGGCGACUCGUCAAGCGCGAGAAGGCUGGCGGCGUCAUGGGUUCGUGGCUGGGCAACGUGUUUGGCUGGUCGCUUUUCUCUGUCCAAGAGACAGAAGGCGAGGUGGACGAUGACGACGACGACGACGACGACGAAGAUGAGGAGGAUGGAGACGAGGACGAAGAGGAGGAGGAUGACGAUACGGAGGCUGGCGGCACCGAGAGAAGCAGCGACGACAUACUUGAGCAAGGCUCUGUCGGGCAGGAUGGCAAAGCAGUGGCCAACGGCCGGCGGCGGCGGUCUCGGAAGCGUCGUGGCUGGAACCGGCAGGGACCGACCGUGGCUGCCAACCGACGCCGGUUCGAGGGCGAUGAAAGCCAUGCCACCGAGGAUCCUGUGCCGCCACCGCCCGGUUCCAACGAAGGCACAUGGCAGGACGCUGCCUGGCUGCUCAGUGUGGCAUCCAAGGUAAUUCUGUAG